CUGCUCAACAUUGACAUUGCUUUUCAAGAUGGCCGCGGCCACUGCAUGCCGUCUUGCCGCAGUUUGCAGACAAUUUCAAAGCGUUGUUAAAAUAUCUUUGCCAAACAAAGCUCAAUAUUCAUCGCAUACCUUGGUUAGAUAUCAUUCCUGCUUACAAAGGCAAAACUACAUUCCUUUUCGAUUCAGCCGUCCUGAACAUGCUCGCCUUGUGCACACAUCCUCCAGCAGAUGGGGUCUUGAGGAAUUCUUUGACCUGCCUGAAAACUGGGGAGAGACUGCAGUUAAAUCAGGUUCUCCAUGGACAGUCAAACAGCUUAGAGCAAAGAGUAAUGAAGACUUGCACAAGCUAUGGUAUGUUCUUCUAAAGGAAAAGAAUAUGUUGCAUACUAUAGAACAAGAGGCGAAAAGGCAGUGUGUUCCGAUGCCUAGUCCAGAACGCAUUAAGAAGGUGGAAAGAUCUAUGCAGAGGCUUGACACCGUCGUGAAAGAGCGAGAAGACGCCCUCCGUUUACUACAGACAGGACAAGAAAAAGCCAGACCUGGAGAAUGGAGGAGAAACGUUUUUGGCAAAAUGUUCUGGUACCGUUUUAGAGAACACCCUGUCCCCUGGUACAUGAACAAGAUCUACAAGAGGAAACGUUUCUAUACACCAUCAUUUGUUAGCCCUUAUACAAGGCUAAGUCUUGAGAAGCACCUGAGGAGUAAAGCAAGGAGACAAAGGAGAGAGAAACAAAAUCAGAAGAAACUGACUGAGGUUUUCCCUAAAAAGACUGCACAAGCAUGAGACGGCCGAGGCUAAAAGUCAAUGUUGCUAAUUAUAUGAACCCAUUUCUUCAUGUGUGGAUUGAUCCCUGGCCUUUUAUACUGGUGUUAGCUUAUUAAUGAAGUCUUAAUGCAGGUGCAGCACAGCAUUUCAGUCAGGACUUGCUCUGAGUAAAGCACUGAGUAUGGAUUAUAUAAGAUGUCUGUGUUCUGAGUGCUAUGUGAAAAUUGAAAUUGACUUCUGAAAGGCA